CCUAACACAGAAAGCGAUGGCGCCUAAACAUGACUUAGCCUACACGAAACCAGGUUCCGCCGUGGAAGUGAGCAUCGACGACGAUGGCUUCAGCGGGUCAUGGUUUUCCGCCACCAUUGUCAGCAGCUGGGCCAUCGACAGGUUUUUGGUCAAGUACCAUAACCUCGUUGAGAAUGAACUAAGUCACACGCCGCUGCAAGAAGUUGUCUGUCUCCACCAGCUCCGGCCACUGCCCCCGCCGGAAAAACAUCGGGACUUCAAGUCCGGCGAUAAGGUGGACGCAUUUCACAACGACGGCUGGUGGGAGGGUCACAUCACGGGAAAAUUAGGGAAUGGAAGGUUUCGUGUGUAUUUCAGGGACACGGAGGAGAACAUGGUCUUUUCCAAGAAGCAGCUCAGGACACACUGCAAGUGGAUCAAUCACAAUUGGGUUUUCCCAACUACAGAUCACAAGGUAUCGGUAAGUGGUAAAGAAACAGAGGGGAAGAAACGGAGGCGAGACGAGAGGGACAGAAUCAGUGAGUUGCCAGACUGCAUUCUGAUGCAUAUAAUGAGUUUCUUGGACACAAAAGAUGCUGUUCAAACUUGUAUUUUGUCUAAACGAUGGAAAGACCUCUGCAAAUGUCUCACUGAUCUCACAUUCCGCUCCCCGUUUAGAUGCAAAUGCAAGAAGUAUUUUAGGAAAUUUGUGUCUUGGGUUUUGUCUAGUCGAAAUGACUCUUGUUCCCUACUUAAUGUUGAUAUUAACAACAGCUGUAUUGAGACUGAAGAGUUAGAUAGGGUCAUCAAAUAUGUUAUGUUUCACAAUGUCCAGAAGUUGACAAUGUAUAUAGGUUUAAGCAGCAGACCCAAUUUGGAUUCCCUCCCUUUGGUCUUUUGCAGCAAGUCUUUGACUUCCCUUAAGCUUUGCCUUAUGCAUGAUCCCUCUUCUAGAAUAGUACUUCCUAAAUCUCUGCACUUGCCUGCAUUGACAAGUCUUCAUCUUCAAUGUGUCAAUUUUACAGCAAUUGACAAUGACUGUGCUGAACCCUUUUCAAACUGUCACUUGUUAAAUACUUUAUUCCUAUGGAAUUGUGAAAUGCAUGACAAUGCAAAAGUUCUCCGUAUAUCUAAUUCUACCCUUUCCCAUUUGAAAAUAACCAGUUACAUAAGUUUUCUUACAACACAAGCUUUCCAAAUUGCACUUUCUACACCAAAUCUUAGUUCUUUCACUAUCAUUGGUUUUGCUCCUCACCAACUCUCUUCCUCGUGCAAUCUUGCUUUUCUUGGAUCAGUGUAUAUUGGUGUGUGGUUUGUCUCAAGUUCAACCUUCAUAAGAUGCCUGCAAGUGCUAGCCAAUGUUAAGAUAUUGAAGCUAAGUUGGGAAACGCUUCAAAUGAUACUAUAUGAUCUCUCAAAUUCCAAUUCAACAAUGCCUCAACCCCCUUGCUUUGUUAGAUUGGAGUCGUUGCAUGUGGAAAAAGAAUCAUGCCAACGAUCUGAUGGAGAAAUAAACAAUGUGGUGGAGUACUUGCUUCAAAACUCUCCAAAGGCUAGAGUUGAUAUCAUAAGUGCUUAAAGUGAUAUCCAUCCAUAACUCAUUAGAUUUUUACAUAUUAUAUAUAGCUUUCGCUUAUUUUAUGCUUCCCAUAUUACUCCCAGUCCUAGAAGCUCCAAUCUUACAGCAAGCUAUAGGUUGAUAUAUUGUAAGUGUCUUGUUUAUAAGGCCUGUUACAGAUUUUCUUUUUACUUGGCAUUAACAAACGAAAAAUAUUAAAUUUAAGAUAGUGCCUCUUUGAUAA